AUGGAAGACAGAUGUACAUCGAUCAACAUGGGACCAGAAAAAAAAGAUAAAGUUUUGUGCCAGCUGAGUGACUCAGACCACGUGCAACAUCCAGAUGAUCUGAAAUCAGCGGCAGGCUUCAUGUAUAGGAAAAUAGAGAACAAGUGUUCCUUCAACACGUGCUACAACAAUGCAACUUGCCUGGUUGGAUUCACAAACAAGGGAUAUAUGUGUGCGUGUCAGCCUGGAUACACAGGGGAACACUGUGAAAAAGAUGUAGACGAAUGUAUUACCAAUACCCACAACUGUGACGUCAAUGCUGACUGCAACAAUACCGAGGGUUCCUUUAAUUGCAGUUGCAAGGAAGGCUUUAAUGGCGAUGGCAAAAACUGCACAGUAUUUAAAGCUGUUUUUACAAAUCUCAAUGCCACUGGAAGAUAUGGUCCAACAACGCUGGGCAGUCACUACACAGGUCAGGAUCAUGACGGACAAGUUACAGUAUCCAACGGUACUCAGCGGUGGACUGUGCCGUACACUGGUGACUACAGAAUACAAGCAAUAGGAGCAGCAGGAGGAUACGAUUCAACAGCUAACAGCUCUCAGUAUCGUGGAAGAGGAGCAAAAAUAACUGGAACAUUCCGCUUAAACAAGGGUGAAGUCAUCCUGAUACUUGUUGGUCAAGAGGGAACAGUAAACAUAGCGGGUCCGUCAUCUGGAGGCGGUGGAGGUACAUUUGUAGUGAGAGGAGUCAACACUUCUUUAAUAAUAGCUGGAGGCGGAGGAGGCGUACAGCAGGCGGUUUCAAAACAUGCAGGAUGCGACGCCAGCACAGAAACAACUGGGAAUCCUGGGUACAAUUCAUGGUCAGGGGGGAGUGAUGGGCAUGGUGCCCAGGCCUCUGAUAGAAAUGGCCGGGGUGGUGGUGGUGGCGGGUUUUACUCCAAUGGAAAAAGUGGAGGAAACUUUGGUGGAGGCGGUGGAAAUGGCGGAGAGGGUGGUAGGGGAUUUCUUCAGGGAGGGGAGGGUGGGAGAGCUUGGAAAAAUGGUAUCGAUGGUGGGUUUGGUGGAGGCGGUGGAGCUGCUGGAUGGAGAGGUGGAGGAGCAGGGGGAGGAGGGGGAGGAGGGGGAUACUCUGGGGGAGGCGUUGGAGACAAUGCUGGUGAUACCUGUGGGGGUGGGGGAGGCUCCUACAAUGUUGGAAUUAAUCGGCAAGAUGAAUGUUGCUAUAACACAGCUGGUCACGGCCAGGUGACCAUUUCAUCAUUAUAG